AUGCCCUGCAAACCCAUGAGCCCCAAGCCCUGGAGCCCCAGGCCUGCUGCUUGGUGGGCGGAGUUCCACUACCCUGGCAGGGGCAGUGCCAUCUCCAUGGUUUCUCUUGGAAGCUACCGCAAUGUGGAUAGCAGCUCGCCGACUCCUGAAAGACCCAAGACGCCCAAGGCCAGGACAAGCCUCCUGCAUUCUCUGCAGACUCUAGACCAGGAUAACCAGAAGGAAGCAAGGGGGGAAAACGGCCAGCAUCACUGUGGCCUGAGCACAGCCCCCUUGCUCAGGGACCUUCCUGGCAGUGAGAACCACAUGCCUUGGGAAGAACAACCAGGAAAGAAGCCCAGUUGCUCCCUUGGUCAGAAAGCUUUUCACAUUGAGCCAGCCCAGAGGCCAUUCUCUACCACUGAGAUGGUGACAUGGACCCUCCCCUCCGUCUCUGCAGAGAACGUCCCCAGGGAGACUCCUCCACAACGCAGGAGCAUGCCUCAGCACUCACACAGUUUAGAUGACCUGUGGCUGGAGAAGACGCAGAGGAGGAAGCUGAAGAAGCAGGUCCAGCUUGAAAGGAAGAUGCAUGGAGGGACAGCACAUAAAGAUGGAGUCCAAUGUUGGAGGAAGAUGACUGUUACCUCUCCAGAGUCUUUGAAUUUCCCUAGAAGAAGCCAUCCCUUCUCCCACAGUGCUCCGACUGGACUGAACCACCUGUGCUGGCCAGAGUACCUACCUGACACUGCCUCUUCAUCACUGCAGAGCACGGGGCCGGCGUACCCUGCGCGGGGCACGCUCCUGCCAGCCGGCUGUCGGCAGGGUGGCGGGUGCCGUGUGUUCCCCGCGCACCGCCUGCGUGGCAGGGCCGGGGACGCGGGCAAGUCCCGGCCUGGCGCGCUCCCGGGACCCGGUGUGCAGGGCUGCCUGCCGGGGUCUCUGCCCCCGGGCUGA